CGGCCCGGACAACCCCAGCGUUCAGAUUGAGGCCCACCAGAAGUGUCUGAGGCUGCAAGUGAUGGACCCGUCGCUCACCAAAGUCUUCUCUCCGGCUCAUUACUUCUCUGCCUUCAGAGGAGAUGACAUGUCCUUGCGUGACCUUGCCUUUGACUGUUUCGGAAAACCGCGGGAGACUUUUGUAUUGCCAUGGCCCUCUUCUGUCACCAUAUCAUUUCACAGAAACGACAGUUCUUCCGGUUUCUGGCUGGUGUAUUUCAGCCCCAAUACACAUGAGGAGUGUAAGGAUGAUGCCACAGAAUUGACGCGUGCUGGGUUUGAAUACACUUUGCCGAGCGAAAUUAUUGAAAGAAGUUACAAGUGUGAGUUCACGAUGGCCUCUAACCUGACUGAAGGUCAACAGGUACGCUUCCGGAUGGACCAAUUUAGCAACACCGUCACAUUGGAGGAGGUUGUUUCUUGGGAUGGCCCCAAGACCCACACACUACUCACAGAUGGGGACUGGUCUGCAGGCAAGUGGGUAUACUCCAGCUACCCUCUGACUCUGACCCUGUCUAAGGAUGAAGACUCAAAAAAUGGGUCCUUGUCCUUCAGCUUUGAAGUUAUCGAUAUGCCAGACCCUGGGUGUGGGAACAUGACCCUCAUAGCGACAAGCGAGCCACAACAACUGACAACUCCUUACUACCCAGACAUGUACCCGCUAAACUUGACAUGUAACUGGAUUAUUCAGAAUGAGAAGCCCAGCAGCUCGUAUUUCCAUGCUCGUAAACACAUCGUGAUAGAGGGCCCUGAUCGUGCCUCGUGCAAUGCCUUGAAGAGAAGUGAGGGAGACUACUUGUUAUAUGUCACAUCUGUGGCAGGUUCUGGCUUGUCCCGAAAGCCGCACACCAAUGUCUGUCCCACUUUCCAUCUACACUUUUUCCAAAUGUUCAAGGAAGACAAGGUCCAUGUCACGUUUACUUCAGACCUUGAACAAGUUGGGCCAGGCCUCAGCCUGACAUAUUACGUGCGAGAGAGGACAAGUUUUGAAGGUUGUAACAAGGUAAUUGCACUAGGGGAGAACAACCCAUCAUAUCUGCUGGACCGCCAGUUCUUCCCACAGGAUUACAUGGGAGAAACUGCUCUAUGCUGGUGGAUCAUCCAGCCUGUCUCGUUGAGGGCUGCGGUGAUUGUCAAGAACAUCUCUGUCCAGAUUCCUAGAUCACUCCUUUAUCCCAGAGAUAUGACUGUAUAUAUUUCCACAGAUUCGACCAAAAGGAAUACCCUACAAUCAUUCUAUUCUCCCACCAAUUAUGUACAAGGCAAGGAUGAUGCGGUGAUAAACCCUGGAAGAAGCCUCUAUGUUGAGGUGGCCAUGGACAGAAAUUUCGAUGCACCCAUCAAUGUCUCUAUGGAAUUUACAACAGUCAACGCCUCGGGCUGUAAUGGGGCCGCAGCAACUGUUAAUGUCACAACGGAGAGCCAGUUCUUAACGUCUUUGGACUACCCCAAACUGUACAGAAGUGGCGUCGACUGCGAGUGGAAACUGAAAAGCUCCAACAACAACCCACUUAUAGUAGAGGUCGUUGACCUUGAGCUGAACUCUGCCCAGGGAGUGGACUCUUGUGAGAACUAUCUAUUGCUCGAACCGAGCGACUCGGCCAAGGAGAAACUGUGCAACAACAGCAACUCACCCUACACUCUGCCAGAGCACAGUAGCGAAGUUGUUGUUUCCUUUCACACCAACACCUCUGGUCAGGGCGCCAAGUUCCGGCUACGUCUGCAGGCUGUUCACUCUCCCGGCAAAAAAGGUGGCUCUAGCGAAAGCAAGGCUUCUAUAGCCGGGUACGCGUGUGCCGGUGUGGCGGGCGUGGCAUUGAUUGCCCUUGUCCUGUUCUUUGCUGUACGAUGCACAAUGAGAGAACGGAAUCGGAGCCAGGGCUACGCUACAGAAUCAUCACUGGCGCUACAGACUGCUCAGCACAGGACCAAGGGCGGCCACCUGUGAGGACAGCUGCAGACGUGACAGACUCUCCGACCAGUCGGCCACAACCGAACAUGUUGCACGUGUCACAGCCUUGUGGAAUCAGGCGCUCGUCAAUUUUUGGGCAUACGGAGUUAGUGGUAUCAUCUUAAAGCAUGUUCAUU